UAAGGGGAGGUGAGGGGGCCAAGGAAGGCAGGUUGGGCAGGGGGAGAUUGUCAGUGUGAGGGUCACCCUCUGUCCAGCCAUAGUAGGUGGGGAAACGUGAAGUCGGGGUCUCGGCAUUGGAUCCACGCGUGGGUGAUCUUCCCAUCGCUCGUGUUCAAACUGGUUUUGUGAGGUCUUGUCUUUUCUGUUCCUUGGAUGUAAACUUGUGGGAACUUAGCUCUUGCGCAGGCGGAGCUACGGGAAAAGAAGAGCUCUAAGAUCUCCCAGCUCGUUGAGCUUACUCAAGGAUACAUUUCCAGGGCCAUCUCUAAGGCUCUUGUGAGCAGAAUGUGUGGGGAUCACGACUGUACAGCUAGGGUGAAGAGGGCAGUUAGCUGGUGGUUGGACCACAGCAUGGUAAUAAUUAUUUGUCUCCUUGGCCUAACUAGCCUCUUACUUUAAUUUCAGAGUUUAAGAUUCUUUGCUGAGUUCAGAACUAUGUCACUGAUGGUUUUAAUGGGUUAGAAGACCUGAAUAUUAGUUUUUGAGACCUCUCUUUGUAUGCUCAUGUACAAAAAAUCUACUUGGGGUAUUUGGUUUGUGCCGCAAAGUUGUGAUGCAUUUAAUCUUCACAGAACAGAUGAAUACAGAUUGAUUAUUAGAAGAAGAUCAUUUGGCAUCUUUGAUCCAGUUACUAGAUUGACAAUGAAGAUCCUCUUCAUCAUAUAAGUACCUGAACUUUGACUCUUAUAUUACACACUGGGACCUCACUAGUUUGCUUUUGACCUCAGUUGAUCAUGGCCUUGCCAGAUUGGUGACCGUAUACUGUGAACAUGGUCAUAAAGCUGCCAAAAUCAACCCCCUCUUCACUGGACAAGCCUUGCCGGAGAAUGUGCCUGAAGUCCAAGCUCUUGUGCAGACCCUACAGGGACCUUUUAAUACCACAGGAUUGUUGAACAUGGGGAAGGAGGAGGCCUCUCUUGAGGAAAUAUUAGCCUAUCUCAACCAAAUCUACUGUGGGCAAAUUUCUAUUGAAACCUCCCAACUUGAGAGCCAGGAGGAGAAAGACUGGUUUGCCAAACGGUUUGAGGAACUGAAGAAAGAGACCUUUACCCCAGAAGAGCGAAAACAUCUGUCAAAACUAAUGCUAGAAUCUCAGGAAUUUGACCACUUUUUGGCCACCAAGUUCGCUACAGUGAAGCGGUAUGGAGGCGAAGGAGCUGAAAGCAUGAUGGGCUUUUUCCAUGAGUUGCUGAAAAUGGCAGCCUACAGUGGGAUAACUGAUGUUAUUAUUGGCAUGCCCCAUAGAGGGAGGCUUAAUUUAUUGACAGGCCUUCUGCAGUUCCCUCCGGAGCUGAUGUUCCGUAAAAUGCGAGGCUUAAGUGAAUUUCCAGAAGAUGUUUCAGCCACCGGUGAUGUCCUAUCUCACUUGACCUCCUCGGUUGACCUGGACUUUGGCGCGCACCAUCCCCUCCAUGUGACGAUGCUGCCAAACCCCUCACACCUGGAAGCUGUCAACCCCGUGGCUGUCGGGAAGACUCGGGGAAGGCAGCAGUCUAGACAGGAUGGGGACUACUCUCCAGACAGUUCGGCUCAGCCUGGGGACAAAGUCAUUUGCUUACAGGUUCACGGUGAUGCUUCUUUCUGUGGUCAGGGGAUUGUUCCCGAAACAUUUACGCUGUCUAAUCUCCCACAUUUCAGAAUUGGUGGGAGUGUCCAUCUGAUUGUCAAUAACCAGCUGGGUUACACCACUCCUGCAGAAAGAGGAAGGUCUUCCUUAUACUGCAGUGAUAUCGGGAAGCUUGUGGGCUGUGCCAUCAUCCAUGUCAAUGGAGACAGCCCAGAAGAAGUGGUUCGGGCCACACAACUGGCUUUUGAAUACCAGCGCCUGUUCCGGAAGGAUGUGAUUGUUGACUUGUUAUGCUACAGGCAGUGGGGCCACAAUGAGCUGGAUGAGCCCUUCUUCACAAAUCCAGUCAUGUACAAAAUCAUCAGAGCCCGGAAGAGCAUCCCAGACACCUAUGCAGAGCACCUUAUUGCCAACGGACUCAUGACCGAGGAAGAGGUGUCGGAUAUCAAAACUUCCUACUAUGCAAAGUUAAAUGACCAUUUAACUAACAUGGCCCACUAUAGCCCCUCGGCCACCAACCUGCAGGCUCACUGGCAGGGCCUGGUCCAGCCGGAGGCUUCCAUUACAACCUGGAACACUGGUGUGCCCCUAGACCUCCUGCGAUUUAUUGGUGGGAAGUCCGUGGAAGUGCCGGAGGGACUCCACAUGCACAGUCACCUUCUGAAGAUGUACGUUCAGUCCAGACUGGAGAAAGUGAUGGAUGGAACAAAAUUAGACUGGGCUACGGCAGAAGCUCUUGCCUUGGGCUCAUUACUUGCUCAGGGUUUUAAUGUCCGUCUGAGUGGGCAAGAUGUCGGCCGUGGAACUUUUAGUCAGAGGCAUGCCAUGGUUGUUUGCCAGAACACCGAUGACACCUAUAUCCCUCUGAACCAUAUGGACCCAAAUCAGAAAGGGUUUCUAGAGAUCAGCAACAGCCCGCUGUCAGAAGAGGCUGUCCUGGGAUUUGAAUAUGGGAUGAGCAUCGAAAGCCCCAGGUUACUGCCCAUCUGGGAGGCUCAGUUUGGCGAUUUCUUCAAUGGUGCUCAGAUCAUCUUUGACACGUUCAUCUCUGGAGGGGAGGCCAAGUGGCUCCUUCAGAGCGGCAUUGUUAUCCUGCUUCCCCAUGGGUAUGACGGGGCUGGACCCGACCACUCCUCUUGUCGCAUAGAGCGUUUCUUGCAGAUGUGUGACAGUGUAGAAGAGGGGGUGGAUGGAGACACAGUGAACAUGUUCGUGGUACACCCAACUACUCCUGCACAGUAUUUCCACUUGCUCAGGAGACAGAUGGUCCGGAAUUUCCGAAAACCCCUCAUUGUUGCUUCUCCGAAGAUGUUACUCAGGUUCCCUGCAGCCGUAUCAAGUCUUCACGAAAUGGCACCAGGAACAACAUUCAAGCCGGUCAUUGGUGAUUCAUCUGUGGAUCCCAAAAAUGUUAAGAGUCUAGUGUUCUGCUGUGGCAAACAUUUCUAUGCCCUACUGAAGCAAAGAGAAUCCUUGGAGGCCAAGAAGGGUGACUUUGCCAUCAUCCGAUUAGAAGAACUCUGUCCUUUCCCAGUGGAUUCGUUACAGCAAGAGAUGAGCAAAUACAAACAUGUUAAAGAUUUUAUUUGGAGUCAGGAGGAGCCUCAGAACAUGGGUCCAUGGUGCUUUGUUUCUCCCAGGUUUGAAAAGCAACUGGCCUGCAAGCUCCGUCUUGUGAGCCGACCCCCUUUGCCAGCACCCGCUGUAGGAAUUGGGGCCCUUCACCUGCAGCAGCAUGAAGAUGUCCUCACCAAGACCUUUGCUUGAUGGUGUCCUUCGAAUCACUACUACUUCCUUUAAGAAAACUUCCGUGAAAAGAAAGGCUUGCUUCUGUACUCUCCCCUUCCAUUAGGUAACAUGAAAAGCCUAUGUUCCUCUAAGAUGUUGGGAUUCAUGGGGGCAGUUUAAUCAGAGUAUGUGGAAUAGCCAAGGGCAUGAAUUAUCCAUGAAUACAUGAAUCUGACCAGUCCAUUGUAGCCUUAAAGGUACAGCAGUGUUUUGUUUUGGUUCUGAGUUGUAGAGCUAAUUCAAUGAACCAGAUUUUUUCAGGCCACUCUUUCUCAUUAGCUAACUAGUUCGUUAGGUGGAAAAGUUCGUUAGGAAAAGUUUGUUAGCUGGAAUUUGCAGCUCCAUCCAGAUGACCUCAACAUUACUUCUCCGUUUGCUUGAUGCGUGUCACUUCAUUAAUUCUGCCAUUGUGACGACCAGUAUUUUCUUUUGACGUAAUACCUAGUGCUGCUUUGCAGCCACUGUGAAGAAUGUUUCACCAAAUGCUGCAGCAAAACCAUAUUAGUCCUGAUUCGUGUUUUUCAGGAUAGUUGUUUUCACCCGUUGUCCUUAUGUAUCGGUCCCAUUCAAUACAAGUCUCUGGAUGUAUAAUCUUUUUGCACAGUAUGAUUAAGGAGUUUUAGCUACAUGAAAUUGAUUUGUGGGCUACAUAGUAUCUUUCCCCCCCUAAAUUGUUAUCUUGAUAUUUUUAAUUGACUUUGGGUAUCUGAUGUGGGGAUUUCAGCUCCUGGUCAGUCAGUCUUACUUCUGAAAGGUAUGACAACGUGAUGUGAUGUUCAUUCACAGUGUUUAAGGAGCUUUUUAACUUUGAUGCUGGAGACUUCCCAGCACCAGGUACUUGGGGAUUUACAGAGAUCACCAACCCAGUCUGUUACUUCUGAAACUUUGUGGACACAUAACUAAACGGCAGCAAAUGGUGUAGCUUUACGUGGCUCGGUGCUGCAGAGACUCGGCCAUCUACCAUUCCUGUGCCAUGAUGUUUUUCUCAGAGGUGAUGGAGGACAUGCUGGGGCACUUUUCCUGGCAGCUGGUAAUGUCUUUCAGAAUCGAUGUGUAGGUUAUUCUGGCCACAGGAGUGGAUUCAUGAUUCACAUCUUAAACGUAUGCGUUAGUGUAUUGAUUUAAUAUUUCUGUAAAACUCACAUCCUUGUUUUAUCCCUACGCACCUUAAUGCUUCCUUCCUGUGUCAGGCCUUAUAAAUCACGUAACUUUGUGCCAUGCAUGUAAAUCAGUAAAAUUACAAAGGUCCCUUUAAUGAGAAUGGUUUUCAAUGUGGUAUACUGAACUGGAAAAACAUAAAAGCACUGUCAUGUUUUUCAGAUCUCUUGGCUAAACAUUUCAAAGUUUAAGCACAUAAUGAGAUGGAAAACUGGUUUGUUUUUUUCAUUUUUUUUAAGUUCAGUUUAGAUUUCUCCAAAUUUCUAACUUUUCAUCUCUGGUAUCUUAUUACACUCCUCCACCUCAAGCCAUCAAAUGUGUCUUCUGAAAAAGAAGAUGUCUCCUAUAUCUUAACCUUCUUACUCUCAAUCAUGAUUGCAACACGGGUCAGCAUCUUGAAUCACCUUGUAGGAAGGGACCAUUUAAAGAAUUCCAAAUCAAAUACUCUCAUUAGAAAGUAUGGGAUAAAAAUAUAAUCACAAAGUAAAAUAAAAAUAUUUUAUUAUAUUUCUCAGAGAAAUUCGAUAAUGUGAUAUUUGUAUCCUGUUUAUAUCUAUGCUAAUUAAGUACAUGUUCAAUGAAGAGCAGACUUAAAUGGGGUAUUCAGUGAAUAGAAAUUUUAACAACCAUGAAAAAAAUGUUCAUUUUGUCUCAAGUGACGUAUUCAUUGUAAAAUAAAUUUUUCUUCCUUAAGAACCAUUUUUCCUCUGUCUCCUUCUCUCUCUGCCCCUCCCCUACUCACUCUCUCUAUCUCUCAAAAAUAAAUAAAACAUUAAAAAAGAGGUGGGGGGGGCGCCUGAGUGGCUCAGUUGGUUGAGCGUCCGACUUCAGCUCAGGUCAUGAUCUCAUGAUUCAUGAGUUCGAACCCUGCAUUGAGCUCUCUGCUGUCGGUGUGGAGCCGGCUUCAGAUCCUCUGUCUCCCUCUGUCUCUGCCCCUUCCAUACUUGCUCUCUCUCUCAAACAUAAAUAAACCAUUUAAAAAAAGAA